GGACGUCGCCGAGCCGAGGACCGUCUUAUUCGGGGCGGUGGGGGUGUAGACAUCUCCGCUGUGGCACACACCGCGGAGGGCCGCAGCGUGCCGCCGCAGCGCCGAGAGGAGCAGCCCCCGGGAGUCCACCGCCGUCCCCGGGCAGCGCAGAAUGCCUUCCCUGUCGGAGCAGCUGCAGGAGGUGCGGAGUCGGGCUGAAGUGGGUCUGUACUCUGGGGGCAGGGUGGUGGAGGUGCGGGCCGGGGUCUUGGCUAUGGCUAAUCUGCCUUUACCAGCCUGCUCCAAAUACCGCCACAUCGCCGCAGAGACCAUGGUCAUGGAAAACAGCUUUGGCAGCAACAGAAAGGAGACCCUUGCAUCUAUCCAGCGCUUGUCUACAGCGCUGAACAUCCUGGAGAAGUAUGGCUGCAACCUGACUAAUCCCAACAGGCCAAAGUACUGGAGGACGGUGAAACACAACAACCCAGUGUUCAGGGCGACUGUUGAUGCUAUUCAGGGAGGACGAGCAGUGCUCUGUCUCUAUGGUUACUCCAAUCAGCAGGCAGAUGGGCUCAGCUUUCCCGAUGAUGUCACUGAUCCCGAUGUGGGCCGAGUUGCUGCAGUGACACUAGAAGUGAUGAGUCUGAGGAUGGAACUAGAAAUGCUUAUCAAGGAGGCUCACCCCCACCCUGAGUUUUAUGAGAGAAUCAUCCCUACACUGAGACACAAGGAUGUGGGCCUCAACACUGAUGCUGUGGUCUUCCACCCUUCUGCCCCCUCAUGCCACUCCCAUGGUCAGACCAAGUCUCUCGCCUUCCCCCUUCACCACCGCUCCUCCAGGGAGAGCAGCCACAGCCAAAGUCUCAGGUCCAUUCAGGUCUUCGCCACCUCCUCAAACAAACACCCAGAGAACUGCACGAUCUGUGGAAUAUUCCGAAUCUCUGCCCACUGCCUAACCUGCCUCCAGGGCCUCUGCUCGGAAUGUGAUCGUCUGUACCACUCCUAUCCUGAUAGGGCCAACCACCGUCGAACAGCUGUCACAUCAUCAUCAUCAUCAUCAUCAUCAUCAUCCUCCAAAAACAGGAGCAGUUCUUCCACAUGGAGUUGCCUUCACUGCACUAAAGUCAACUCCAUCCAGGAUGUGCUGUGUGAGGAGUGUGAGCGCCCUCGCUUGGAAUCCAUCAGCUCUAAAGCAGAUGAAUCUCAGCCUGCCACCAUCACUGAGUGGCAGUGUAAGAGCUGUACAAUGGUGAAUGCGGCCAGCAGUAUUCUGUGUGAGGUGUGUGAUAGACCUCGUUUGGCCACACGACCUCCAAUUACCCCAACACACCCACCCAUCACCCCCCCAAGACCACCAGCACCAGUACUCGGCAUGCCCGGUGACCCUGACAGCCAGUGGGUGUGUCAGUUCUGUACCUAUCUGAACUACUCUCCUGCCACCGUGUGUGACAUGUGUGACCUGGCCCGCCCAGAGCCCCCACCCCUGCCCGUGAAGCUCCGACCGCCCUCUCCCGUCAGACGGGUCCCUGCCCUGGCGAUCAAGCCCAAAGAGCCCGCCCCUGAAGACCUUGACUCGUGGAGGCAGAGGCUGAUGAAGGAAGAGGGGCUCAAGCUGAUUCAACUGAUCAGAGAUGGGGAGAAGAAAGGAGUGAGUCCAGAAGAGGUGUACACAAGCAUGAGGGUAGCUGGGGACAGCAGCAUCCUGCCCUGCAAGUGGUUGAAGACAGAGCUUCCUCUGCUGUUAGACCAGAUCAGGAUGCUGGUAGCAACAUCCCCCCUUCAGCCUGACAAGACUGAAACAGAGCCCACAAACAGGUCAAGUGAAGCUCCUGCUGAGGAUGCUGGGAAAGAGGAGUGCCCUGCGGAAACAGAAAGUGUGGUGCAGCUGUCCAGAGCAGAGGCCAAGCAAGCUUGGCUGACAGCAGGGGGAGACACUGAGAGAGCUGCCAGACAGGCUCUGAGAGACAGAGUCACCAAGGUAAAGGAGCUGUGUGCACGGGGCUUCAGGGAUGAGGCUCGCUGCCACGAAGUUUUGAGACAAAGUGGUGGUGAGGUGAGAGGGGCCCUGGCCCUGCUGCAGCGACCCCUGCUGGAGCCCUUCCACAACCGCAUUUGGAGUGAGAAGGCCGAGCCACCUGUAGACAUCCAUCACCCUGACAAACAUCGGGUAUGUCGGAGGCUACUAGCGGUGUAUGAUCUUCCCAGCUGGGGUCGCUGUGAGCUAGCGCUGUCGCUGCUUUUGGAGCACAGCGCCCCCUACGUACUGGAGGAUGUAGUGCAGGCUGUACGAGAGUCCCACGACAGGGAGUUCAUCAAGAGGGUGCUGGCUAAAGAGUGUCCCAUCUGCCUCUCUGUCUUCCCCCACAGCAAGAUGCAGUCUCUGACAUCGUGCCAGUGUUCGGUUUGCUGCGGUUGUUUCCAGCAGCACUUCACCAUCGCUGUGAGGGACAAACACAUCAGGGACAUGGUGUGUCCAGUCUGCUGGGAGCCCAACAUCAACGACCCGGAGCACCUCAACAGCUACUUCUCCACCCUGGACAUUCAGCUACGAGAGUGUCUAGAGCCAGAGGUCUAUGAGCUGUUCCAUAAGAAGCUGACAGAGCAGGCUCUAAUCAAGGACCCCAAGUUCCUCUGGUGCUGUCAUUGUUCAUAUGGGUUCAUCUACGAUGGAGACCAGCUGAAGGUCACCUGUUUCCAGUGUCUCAACAGUUUCUGUGCUCAGUGUAAAAAGCCUUGGGAGUCUCAGCACGCAGGUCUGUCCUGUGAACAGUACCAGUCCUGGAAGAGAGAGAAUGAUCCAGAGUAUCAGAAGCAGGGCCUGGCCGGGUACCUCAGAGACAACGGCAUCACCUGCCCCAACUGCCGCUUUCAGUAUGCGCUGUCCAAAGGAGGCUGUAUGCAUUUCUGCUGCUCACAGUGUCGCUACCAGUUCUGCAGUGGCUGCAACAACCCUUUCCACACUACCUGUGCAGUGGACGAGUGCAGUGUGUCAGGACUGCACGCCCAUCACCCCAGAGACUGCCUCUUCUAUCUGAGAGACUGGGAACCUUCCCGACUGCAGGCUUUACUCCAGAAUAAUAAAGUACCGUUCAACACUGAACCCCCUCCUGGAACACAGACAGGUCUGUGUGGAGUCAUAGAGCAGAAGGAUGAGGGAGGGCAGCAGCCGGACUCAGCUUGUGGCGCUCAGACCCAGAAUGGACAUGCGGGACUCUGCGAGAAGCAUUACCGGGAGUACUUGGUCAGCCUGAUCAACAGCCACUCUAUCGACCCUGCCCCGCUCUACAGCUCCAACGAGCUGCUGCUCGCCUGCAAGAGGUACAAGGUGGACGACACCCGCAGGGACGGAGAGGACGGCUUCACCUACUACAGCAGCCUGCUCGAGAAAAUGAUGGAUGAAGUACCACUUGGCGAUAAGGUGCCACGCAAAAAAUGACGGCCUCAUUUCCUGUGAUAAAUGUCAACCUUUCCACUUGAGAUCCAGCAACCAGAUACAAAAGGACUGUCUCUGUAAAUGUCAGCUCUUGUUCUUAUGGUGACAGGAUAGUGUCAUCUCUAAGAUAAAGACAACCUUUCCUCUGGGCAUUGUUUUGUGUGCCAUGCUCUAAAUACUGGCUUACAUUUGAAUUUGUUCAAGAGAGCAGAACAUCAUAUGGACCAACAAUACUGUUGGAUUUAGCUGAGACGUUUCAUCAGCCACAUUAAAAGCCCAGGAGAAAAAAGUGAUUGAAACAAAUGAUUGAAACAAAUGGUUGACGUCACCCACUGGUUUGUGAACGGCUGUUUUGAAGCCAGCGCCAUCUUGAUUUUAGUUUAUAUAUUCUGACCAGAAAUAACCAUUUUUGGAGGAGUGGGUGUGGCCUGACUAAGAGCUAGAGGACACUGCACGUCCACGUACACCUGCGACCUGCACCCACUGAACGGUACAAGCUGUCAAUAUCAUGGUAUCCAUGCAUACUCAAAAUGGACCGUAUUUACCAAAUAAACACCAUGCUUUAUUGAAGAGGACUUCAAACUCCUCAGGAAAAUGUUCGCUGACGUUAUAAAUGAAGUGAGGAGUUAAGUCAUUUUCCCGUAGACUUCUAUAGAAACGUACAUCUUCUUGCAGCCAGUGGAGUCGCACGCUGCUGGUCAUUCGAGUCCGAGGCCAUGGUUCUCUUCCCGGAAAACGGUGGAUUGCUCUCUUCGGGUUGGGGGGUGACUUGCUGCCCCAGGUGAAAGAGUUUAAGUAUCUUGGGGUCUUGUUCAUGAGUGAAGGGAAAUUGAGCGGGAGAUCGACAAGUGGACUGUGGCUACGGCCGCAGUCAUGCGGGCGUUGUACCGGUCCGUUGUGGUGCAGAAGGAGCUGAGCCGCAAGGCAAAGCUUUCGAGUUGUGACCGAAAGAAUGAGAUCACGAAAUACAUGCGGCUGAAAAUGAGCUCCCUCCAUAGAGUGGCUUCCUCCGUAGAGUGGCCGGGCUCAGCCUUAAAGAUAAGGUGAGGAAUUUGGACAUUCGGAGGGAACCGCGGCUCCUUUGCGUUGAAAGGGGUCAGUUGAGGUGGUUCGAGCAUCUGGUCAGGAUGCCUCCUGGGCGCCUCCCUGCGGAGGGGGUUACUGGGCAUGUCCAACUGAGAUGAGGACUAGAGGUAGACUACAUAUCCCAACUGGCCUGGGAACACCUUGGGGCCGCCCAGGGUGAGCUGGAAAGCAUGGCCGGGGAGAGGGAUGUCUGGAACACCCUGCUUCGCCAGCUGCCCCCCGCGACCCCAUCCCAGAUAAGCAGAAGAAGAUGGAUGGAUGGAGUAUACGUCAAUUUUUAUAUACAGUCCAUGAAUGAAAUUAGAUGGGUGCCCAAUCCUUUGCAUGUGCCACAAUUACUGGUGAUUGUUUUUCUCUUUUUUAUUUAUUUAAUGGAAUUUAAACUAAGUAUUCUUUUUUCUUCUUAUUCGUUUUAAUUAUUUUUCCCAUCAAAAAUCAACAAAAUGAUUUUUUUUCACACAACUCUAGUUGUUAUUUGGCUGUGUGAUUCCACUGACGUCAAGAGAACAACAUUUCCAGCUCCUUGUGACAUGUCACUUUAUUGUUGACAGUACCUUUGUCCCUGGCACGAUCUUGCAGACAUGCACAGCGGUGUGACCGAUCGGAUUGUCUGAUCGGGACCUGAAGUGCAGCACAGGUUGCCAUGGUGAUCUACCCCACUUUAGAGUCAACCAGCUUCUUGAUAUAGAAAAGUCUGAGGUAAACCCAAAGAUAACUGGAUAAGCCACUGAUCUCACUCCAUUAAACUCUGAGUUUACCGCACGUCCCUCCAAGUUGUGUUUAACUGUUUGCGUGAAAACUAAAAUACUAUGAUUGUGUCAUUUUAUACCGGACAUGUGAAUAUCGUAACAGAAUCGGUUUACAGAUACGAUGAUUUGUCUAGCAUAAAGCAUUGGGUUCUGUGAAAGUGAUGUGGCGGUUUGCCCAACCUGAUCAAUGUGAACAGGUUUGAAACUUGUUGAUGACGUGUUCCUCUGAAUAAACUUUUUUGUGUGGGAGACCUGAUGGAUACAAGUCACAAGUGUAAGUCCCAGUCAGAGUGCAUGCUGUGUUCUGUACCAUGACAAAAUAAAUGUUAACAGUUGACCUGAA